ACCAUAUCGUUAUUCCUCGCCGCGUUUCUCACAAUUCCCGCUUUUAUUUCCGUUGAAGUGUUUUACUACGUUAGCGUUCAUCUCGAGCUGCCACGGAGAAUUCCCAGUUAUCAAGAGUGUAGCCAUUCAUAUAUUACGGAGUUUGUGAUGCGUACGCACAUAAGCGGCCGUCGUUGUUAAUUGCUGUGAUUGGUACGCGUUCAAAGGAAGACGUUCGCAUUCAUGUGAGUCCCGGCAUUCAUCGACUGCUGUCCUCUACGCUCUGUGCACACGCCUGCCGAGCGCUGCGCCUCUUCUGGUCUAACCACUGUCAAAUUCGGCAAACACUCGUCUGAGAUUUGCUUUUCGGCUACAGUGCCACCGUCCGCAUUCACUCUUAAGUAUCAAUAAUGAAAAAAUUAGACGUCGGGAAAUCUUCUAAAUUAAAAGAAUCUAAUAAUAUUUUAGAAUCGGAAGAAAAUUUUGCUGGAUUUGAUGUAAAUGAUGCAACAUUAAUUCGUAUUGAAAAUAGUAAACAAUCUGUUAAAAAAGAACUUUAUAAAGAAAAAGGUAUACCUAUGGAAGAUGAUGAAGUAAGCAGUCCUAUUGUCAAUAACAAUCAUUUUAGUAAUAAGAAAAAACACUCCCAAUCAAAUGUAUCUUCACCAGAAACAAGUGAUACAAAAUAUGGUCGAUGUUCUAAUAAAAGAAUUAAAAAAGAUAAUGUACGCACCGAAACAAUAGAAUCAUCGGAAUCUGAUGUUCCAUCAAAUUUGGAACUUACAACUCCAACAUUCAACCUUACUUCUACAUCUAAAACCCGUCGUAGUACUGGUCGAAAACAGAAUGUUGAUAUUAGUGAUCCAAUUUUUAAACUUCCUUUUGAAUAUGGAUGGAAGCGAGAAUUAGUGUAUAGAAAUACUGGUGAUUCUUCAUCUAUUAAUAGAGCUAAUAGAAGUGGUGAUGUUUAUUACUAUUCUCCAAUUAAUCGAAAGCUUCGGUCAUUAAGAGAAAUUCAAGAACAAUUGGAUUCAACACUGACUGAUGAAAAUCCGUUAACUAUAGAAAGUUUUACAUUUUUAAAACAGCCUAUUGGCAUGAAUGACCGAACAAAGGAACUUAUUAGGGAUGCCAAUACUAAAUUAUCUAAAGAAGAUUCAUUUGUCGGUGUUGCUGUUAAACCUAAAAAAGUAAAAACACCUGUACGGCCUUUUGAUUAUGAACUGUCGGAUAAUGAAAAUAACAAGUCUGCAAGUAAAAUGAAAAUUGUUUUUAAAAAUGUCAAGAUGUCGAAAUCCAAAUCUAAAAAAGAUAAUAGCAAUGUAGAAGAGCCUUCAUCUACACCAGAAUAUAUAGCUGAAGAUUGGCAAGCUAUUCAAUCUAGUGUAACACCUAAAGUAUCAUCGCCAAAAACUGAUGAUGCUGAAGUAAAUGUUGACCAUAUUAAAAGACGGUUGUCAACAUCAGAUGGAGAAGUUAUUAUGCAGGCCCCGUGUGGGAUACGUUGUCCCAACAGCCAUGAACCUGCUACUUUAAUGUGUGCCCAAUGUUUGGUCUAUUAUCAUCCAGCUUGUGUCAAUUUAAAUGCUAGUCUAAAAAUUGUUGGUUAUGUAUGCAUAAAUUGUCGAUCCUAUGUACGUAAUAAAAAUAAGCGAGUUGAGUCAUCUCAUUCUGUAGUUGGUGUUCCUGAAAUAGAACAAUUACGUGUUGAACCAAUUCGUAUACGACAAGUUCAUCAGACAUCAGACAGACCUAAUUUUUUUAUUGAUAGAACACCUAUUAUGAAAUCUGAUGAAUCCAAUUACGAAAGUGAUGAUGAACGUAGUGAUGAAAAUAACUCUGUUUUAAAAACGAUAAUGUGUCAAGGAAAUGUCAUUGAAACAGCUAUGGUCGAUGGAAUUUUUCAUGAACAAUAUGUUUAUGAAAUGAAACAAACCCGAGGACCUAGUUUGAUGACCUGUGUUGUUCAAGAGCCUAAAUAUUUAGAUGAAAACCCUGAAAUGAAUGGUUCACUUAAAGAAAUGCCUUCUCAUAUGGCAUUCAUGGAAUCAUUCAAUCACAUGGUAAAAGCGAUGAGAUAUGUUUUUAGUCAUUUAAAAGUGCAAGAACUGUUAUCAGCUUCCCGAGUAUGUACUGCUUGGCAUAUAAUUGCAAUGAAUAGACUUUUAUGGCAAAAUGUUCGUUUAAAGAAUUCUAUGGUUUAUGAUUGGAAUAAAUUUGUUGAAACUAUUAAUAAUCAAGGUACAGUUUCAUUGGACUCUCGACGUAUGUUAAUGCCUUCUAAAGUUGAUGAAUUUGAGAAUUUUUGGCUGCGAUUUUCAAUAGCUAUUAAAAAAGCUACAAAAUUAAAAACAAUUGAAUUAUAUAGAUGUCCAACCCAUGUAGUCGAAGAUAUCAUUUAUUCAUUACCCCAACUUAGUGUACUUAAUGCUACAUCAUUAAAAAAUCCAAAUCCUAAAGAUUCAAAAAAUUCUAAUGAAAUUAUGACUUUGAAUUUGGGAUAUUUAGGACAACUGACAAACCUUACUGAACUAAGGCUAAAAAGUCCAUGUGGAUUAAAGUUAUCAGUUCUUCCAUCAUUUGAUAAAUUAAUAAAUUUAAAAACUUUAGCAUUAACCUCUAUUAAAUCAUUCCCUGUCGAUUGGUCUAGUAGUAUGGAAUCUAUCUCAACAGGUUUAGAGUUUUUGGAGAUUGGUGACUGCAGUUUUUUAUCCAAAGAUUUUGCAAGACUACUAAAAAGAUUUAACAAUUUAACUUCCUUGAGAUUAGAAAAUUGUGUUGGUAAAUGGGAAAAUUUUGCACAAGAUGUUUUUAUUGUAAUCAGAAAUCUUGAAAAACUGAGGAUUUUGGAAUUGAUAAAUAUAGAAUUCAGUAGCAGUGUUGAAGAUGAAUUAGAGAAAUGUUUUGGUAUUAAAGCUUUAUUGAUUAUUCCUGCUUAUGUGAGCCAAUCUGCAACAACCAACUGUCACGUUAUUGAUUGUCUCAAAAAACUCUCUAAAACAUUAACCCAUCUUGUUUGGGGAUUAACUCAUGAGUUGCUCCGUGUAACUGACACAUUUAUUGCUCAAUAUCAACAAAAUCAGCAUUCUAUUGGCUACAAUUUAGAAUUAUCACAUACUAAAGAACCUGGCAAUAACCAUAUACCUAUAUUGCGAACAAGGAAACCGAGACUACGUCCCGGUGAAGAACCUGUUGCCGAAAAAGAAAAAGAUAAAGACACAGCAGAUAAUAACGUUGAUAUACUUUCUGUUUCAGCUCUUGAAAAAUUAUUAGAAACUAUGAUGCUUGGUGCUAAAACUAAAGUAAUUAAAAUUCCUUUUAAAGGGACGACUCGAGUUAAUUUAGCUGAACAGUUUAAUGAUCUUUAAAGAUAUAUGUAGUGUUUCUUUUUUGUAAGAAAUUUACAAAUAUAAUUUGAGAGGUAUUUUUUUUUUUUUUUUUUUGUUUAACUAUGAUGUGUAAACUUCGAUAUGAAGAUAUUAAUGACAUAAUUAUUUAAUUUAUUAUUUUGUAUAAAUAAUUACUGGUCACUAAGCCUAAAUCGAAUACGUAAAGUAAAAUUGUCA